UAACCGCCGACCAAUAGGAGGCUUCCGUGUGAGCGCGGAUAAACGGAUUUGUUGUGCUGUCGGGACAGUGGUUUCCUGGUGUGUUUUAGCGACAAUAACGCCCAAUUUUAACAUCGGAAACAUCCCAAAAUCCACAGAGAAUGAGUCUGUCUCUCAGAACUGAGAUUGUGGCGGAUAAAACCAAACGUAAGAAGAGAAGAGAGCUGACUGAGGAUCAGAAACACGAAAUCAAAGAAGCUUUCGAGCUGUUUGACACGGACAAAGACAAAGAGAUUGAUUACCAUGAGCUGAAGGUGGCAAUGCGCGCGCUCGGCUUUGAAGUGAAGAAAGUGGAUGUUCUGAAGAUUCUUAAAGACUACGACAGAGAGGGAAACGGCAAAAUAACAUUUGAGGAUUUCAAUGAAGUUGUGACCGAUCGCAUCCUGCAGCGAGACCCGAAGGAGGAGAUCAUGAAGGCCUUCAAGUUAUUUGACGACGACGAGUCAGGAAAGAUCAGCCUGAGGAACCUGAGACGAGUAGCUCGAGAACUCGGGGAGAACAUCAGCGACGAGGAGCUGCGCAGCAUGAUUGAUGAGUUUGACACCGACGGAGAUGGUGAAAUAAACCAGGAGGAGUUUCUUGCCAUCAUGACUGGAGACUCCUGAUGAGGAGACUGAAGGAUUUUUAUGAAAGCUUUGUGUUUGAUUGCUCGUCCAUACUGAGAGAAAUUUAGAGACUGAUCAUCUGUGUGUGUGCAUGAAGGUGAGUGAGUGUUAACAUGGACACACAGGCUCCUCUCGAGGGUCUGAAGUGGACUGGAGCUGGACCUGUGGUUGAUACUUGAUUCAUUUCACAAAGAGACUGUCUGACAAGUUAGAAACUGUCGAUAUCACGCUGGUCUUUUAUUCACCUUGUCGUGUUGUCGACUUUUACAUGUUUCUGUUUGAAUAAAAUGUGGUGUGUCAAAGACCAAACCAGCCUUGAUGAUUAGAUGUUAGGUAGGUGAUUAAAUUCAGAAUCUGAUGUUCUGUCACAUCCAAACAGUUUUGUCAUCCUCUCCUGCACAGAGUCUGUGAUUCAGUCUGUGUGUUCUUCAGGAGAAAAACUUGAUUCUCUCACACAUUUCAUACUGUUUCUGUCCAGUUUUGACUGGAGUCCACUUUACAUACUAUGAAUGUUUUAAUGUGCUAUUUAUUUUAUACAAAAUAAAUCAGUUUGCCAGCAA